UCCUUAAUUUUUUUGCAGCCAAUCGGCGUUCUUCAUUAUUUUUCACCGCCAUAAUCCUAACACUGACAGUAUCGGUGCUGAGCCUAUCUUAUAGUUUACUUAAAAUGAACCGAAAUCGAUAUGGCAAUACAGACGAGGGACUACAACAAUGGAAAAGGGUAUCAAAAAAAUACAGUUAUAUGUAUGGAAGAAAAUUGGUGCUGUUUGUUUCAAUGAUUAUUUGGAUUUUCGACGCAUUUAGCGACCGUUUUCCUCCUAACUCUUCCAUCUCUAUGAUCAUACUGUCGGUCCAAGCUUUUCACGGUUUCAUAGUUGUGCCCUUGUACACCAUGAAAACACUGAGGAGAGUUAUUGAUGUGAACAAUAAACCCCGAAUAGACAAUUUAGACGAGUUACUUGAAAUUGGUAACAACCAUGUGACUGAAAUAGACAGAAGAAGGAAAUGAAAAAUCUUUUUUAUUUAUUUCUGAUAUAACUGUGAUAAUAUUUAUUGUGUAUAUGUUCUCUAAACUAUAAAUAUUUUUCCCAAGACUGAAUGAAUCUGCCUAUGCUUCAGUAGCUUGGCAUGUUGAAGUGAAAUUUCCUUUUGAAUUAAGCAUCACAACCAUUAUUGUAUUUCAAUUUGUAGAUUUCAUUAUGAAUUUUGUUACAUCGAAUAUUUAAAUGACUUAAAUGAUAAAAGUUGUGCAUGACAAUUAUUUUUUAUAACAAUGCAUAGACCUAGUCAAUAAAUUUCUUUACUAUU